GCUUUUUCUCUUCUCUUUUCUGUAUGGCUUUAAAAUUUCUGAAAUCCUUUAAUUGAUAAAAGCCGGCAGCUGUUCAUUGGCUUUCAUGGGUAGAAUAAAUAUCGCAGUUAUUGCAAUCCUAAAAAUGAGGGAAGAGAAGAAAAUUUUAGAGGAAAGACGGGAAAAGAAGAAGCUCAUUUGCCUUCUGUCUGUGGAGUUUGAGAGCAGAAAAAGGAAGAGAGACAGAGCGAGGGGAAAGAGAUUUGCUGCAGAGAUUGCGAAGGGAGAAAUAUUUUUUUGUUGUUGGUCGAUUCGCUUUCGCGCUUUUGCCCUCGGUUUUAACCAAUACGCUGGAUCCUUUUACUUCUCGAGACGAUUUGCUCUCGCCUCGUGCAGAGAGCUCUCUCUCUCCUCUGUUUCUAAAUUUGUUGCCGAAGCUCGACCUCGAGGGUGCAGAAGCGCGCGCGAGAGAGAUAGAGAGAGAGAGAACCGAGAGCUCUGAGUUGUUGUCUUGUUGAGGAGGGGAGCUCCCCUGUUUCUGUAUGUCGAAGAUGGUGGAGGCGGAGGAAGUCCAGAUGAAGAAGGAGGAUGAUGAUCCCAGAAUCCUUGCCAUCUCCUCCUCCAUCCGUGUUGUUCCCAAUUUCCCCAAGCCUGGCAUAAUGUUUCAGGACAUUACCACUCUGCUUCUGGAACCAAAAGCUUUCAGAGACACCGUCGACCUCUUCGUCCAAAGAUACAAGGAUAAGAACAUCUCCGUCGUCGCUGGCAUUGAGGCUCGAGGAUUUAUAUUUGGCCCCCCUAUUGCUUUGGAGAUUGGUGCAAAGUUUGUGCCUCUAAGAAAACCAAAGAAGUUGCCUGGGGAAGUCAUUUCUGAAGCAUAUGACUUAGAGUAUGGGUCAGAUUGUCUUCAAAUGCAUGUUGGGGCUGUUGAACCUGGAGAUGUUGCCUUGGUUGUUGAUGAUCUAAUUGCUACUGGAGGAACUCUCUGUGCAGCUAUGAAUCUUCUCGAGCGAGCUGGUGCUGAAGUGCUUGAAUGUGCUUGUGUAAUUGAGCUGCCUGAAUUGAAGGGACGUGCAAGGUUGAAGGGGAAGCCUCUUUUCGUGCUUAUUGAGUCGCGUUGAUGCCAAAGAAGUGAAGAUUAUACAAUUUUUCAUUGAAGAAGCUGUGUUUUACUCCGACUGGAGCAUUUUUGCUUCGUUUAGUUGUUUCACGACCGCUUUCCAUUUUUGUUCCGAGUUUGAUAUCGCAGAAAGGUGCACAAUGUUGUUGCAUGUGAUCAUUUUCACCCGACUCAUUAUUUAUUCAAUUUUCUGCUUGCAACUUUGCACCGGGAAGACGUUUAGAUUUUAAGAACUUCUACUUCCUGAAUGCGUACAGGUAGUAAUAAAUUAGAAAUGCAAAGCAGAUCACAGUUUGUUACUCUCGUA